AUGGCGCCGAACAUGUGCGUGGGAAUCGGCACGGUGCCGGAGUACCACAUUGGUGACGACUGGCAAUCAUACAGUGAAAGGUUAGAUCAGUUCUUCAUUGCGAACUUUGUGGAAGAAGACAGGAAAGUGGCGGUGUUAAUUACAGUUAUUGGAGCUUCCGCGUACGCAACAUUAAGGGAGAUAUGUGAUCCCAUUCUAUCCAACGCGGUUAAGUACGAUAAACUUUGUGACAUUUUAAGCAAACAGUUUGCGCCCAAAGUAGCGGUUUUCCGUGAACGUUCGGUAUUCUACCAAUUGAUGCAAGAACAGAAUGAAUCAGUAAACGAUUGGUAUGUGCGCGUAAAAAAAGGGGCAAUGAAAUGCAAAUUUGGUAACACUCUAGUCGAUGUACUAAGGGACAAAUUUGUCACUGGCUUAAUUAAAGGACCGAUUGCAGAUCGCGUAUGUGAAGAAGAACCAAGUAAACUUUUGGUUGACCUGGUAGACAUUGCUUUAAAAAAAGAAGCAGUAGUUGUCCAAACACAAUCACAAACUACCAUCAAUCAUGUCGGUCGAGUGAACAAAAAGAGAUUCGGCAAACAAAGUAGCAGUCACAAGCCAUCGUCAAAGUCGAAGACAGAGACAGUUAAAGAAGAAAAAGGAACUAAGAAUGGAUCAGCCAACCAAGGGAAUGUUGCGUGUUUCCAUUGCGGGAAAAAGAAUCACAACUUUGCAGAUUGCAGGUACCGUAGUUAUAAUUGUAAAAAUUGUAAUAAGAUAGGGCAUUUAGCUGUAAUUUGCAAAUCAAACACAAAUGUAAAUAAUGUUGAAGUGGAGCAACCGUUUAAUGAGUUUAACCUUUUUAAUAUUAAAAAUGGUCAGGUUAGUAAUGAUGUAAAUUGUCCACCAGAGCUGAUCAAUUUAAAAAUCAAUAACAAUCUUAUCCAAAUGGAAAUAGAUUCUGGUGCAGCUGCUUCAGUAAUUACUGAACAGUUUUUCUAUGAUAGAUUAUCAAAUUGUAAAUUAAAACAUACAUACAAAAAAUUAAAUUUCUUUGAUGGUACAUCUAUACAACCUGUGGGUCAGUUUACAGCUAAAGUAGAAUUCAAUAACCAAGUUGUUGAUUGUGAGUUCAUAGUUGUUAAAAGUACAGGGAACCCUUACCCUCUGUGCGGUAGGAACCUACUUAGUAAAUUAGGCAUAUCAUGGGUUCAACUUAACAGUAUUCAAGAUAACAAAAAAGCGAGAGAUUUAAAUGAAUUGUUAAUAGAGUACAAGGACUUAUUUAGUGGUAAAUUGGGAGAAUAUGCACACAUGGAAGUACACUUGGAAUUAAAUUCUGAUAUACAACCUAUUUUUCACAAACAUAGAUGUAUUCCCUUUGCACACAAACUUGCUGUUGAAAAAGAACUACAAAGGUUGGAAGACAGUGGAGUAAUAAAAAAAAGUGAAUUGUGUCAGUGGGGCACACCACUUGUUCCUGUGUUAAAACCUGAUGGUAGUAUACGAUUAUGUGCAGAUUAUAAAGCAACAUUAAACCGUUAUAUUAAGGAUAUCCACUACCCAUUUCCAAGGAUAGAGGAUUUGUUCGCCACAGUUCAGGGAGGACAGACGUUUUCCAAACUGGACUUCAGUAACGCUUAUAAUCAGUUGAAAGUCGAUAGUGAAACUAGCAAAUUAUUAGCUUGGAGUACUCAUAAGGGUACUUAUGAAGUGUUAAGACUUCCGUACGGCAUUAAACCAGCAACAGCUAUAUUUCAACGCGAAGUAGAGAAAAUUUUUAAAGAUUGUGCUUUCACUGCUAAUUUAUUAGAUGACAUUGUAGUAACAGGCAGGAAUGAUGAAGAACAUUUUAAAAAUUUAGCUGAAGUUUUCAAAAGAUGUAAAAGGGCUGGUUUCCAAUUUAAUCGCAGUAAAUGUCAGUUUUUCCAGCCAAGCAUCAAGUAUUUAGGUCACAUUAUAGACAAAGAUGGCCUAAGAAAAGAUCCGGAAAAAGUAAACUGUAUUUCUAAAAUUGCCAGACCUCAAAAUGUAACUGAAUUGAAGUCAUUCUUGGGGAUGAUAAAUUAUUAUGGUAAGUUUGUAAAGAAUCUUGCAAAAAUUUUAGCACCACUCCACAACUUACUAAAAAAAAGUAACGCAUUUGUAUGGUCCAAAAUCUGUGAUAAAGCAUUUAAUAGUAUAAAAACAAUUUUGAUGUCAGAACAAGUAUUAACUCAUUAUAAUCCAGACCUGCCAAUAGUGUUAACAUGUGACGCUUCAAACAAUGGGUUAGGUGCAGUCCUGUCUCAUGUGUUAAGUGAUAAUACCGAAAAACCAAUAAAUUUUGCGUCCAGGGCACUGUCAUCAGCAGAGAAAAAUUAUUCUACGACUCAUAAGGAAGCUUUGGCAGUGGUAUGGGGUGUAACAAAGAAUUAUCAGUAUUUAAAGGGAAGAGAGUUCAUAAUCAGGUCUGAUCACAAACCUUUAAUGACCUUAUUAGGUGAAGACAAAGUAAUACCCAAAAUGGCUUCAGGACGUGUUCAACGGUGGGCAUUUUUUCUGUCUGGGUUUAAAUAUAAAAUUGAAUUUAUAAAAGGAACCAACAAUACAGCUGCUGACAGUCUAUCCCGCAUUUCCAACUCGAAUUGUAACUUUACUACAAAGGAUGAUUUAGUAGAUCAAGCAGUAGACGUUAUAAAUUGGGUAGAUCGUUUUGUGCCAGUAGACUAUUUACAGAUCAGGGCAGAAACCAGCAGAGAUCCUACAAUUAAGAAAGUCAUAAAUUAUAUGAACACACAUUGGCCAAAAGAAGUGACUGAAGAUGUCAAACCUUUUUACAACCGAAGGGAUGAAUUAGUGUAUGAAAGUAAAAUAUUAAUGUGGGGGUAUCGUAUAAUCAUUCCUAGUUGUCUCACCAGUAUUUUGUUAAAGGAACUUCAUGGUUCUCACAUGGGAAUAGUCAAAAUGAAGUCAUUAGCCAGAUCUUAUUUUUGGUGGCCUUCUUUAGACUUGGAUAUCGAAACACUAGCGAAGAACUGUGCAGUUUGUGUUACCUUCCGACCAGAACCAGCGAAGACUAUGCUAACGAAGUGGCCUCAGUCAACACGAGUGUUUGAAAGAAUACAUGCUGAUUACGCAGGUCCUAUAAACAAUAAAAUGUAUUUAAUUUUAACCGAUUCAUUUAGCAAAUGGCCAGAAAUAUUUGAAGUAAGUAAAGCUGAUACCCACAAUACUAUUGAGAAAUUAAAAGAAACAUUUUCAAGAUAUGGGCUUCCAGAUACUAUUGUAACAGAUAAUGGUACACCGUUUACGUCUGGAGAGUUCAGUGAAUUUUGUGAAUUGAAUAGCAUAAAACAUCUUACCUCACCUCCUUGGCACCCAUCCAGCAAUGGAGCUGCUGAGAACGCUGUUAAGUCAUUUAAAAUAGGAUUUGGGAAAAUACUCAUGAACAAAUCAGAAUAUUCAACAGACUCUGCAAUAAAUAAAUAUUUAUUUUAUUAUAGAAAUGCUAUUCAUUCUACAACUGGAUGUACACCAUCAAAAUUAAUGUUUGGUAGGGAAGCAAACAUUAGACUUAAUAAAAUUAAACCUAAACCACAUAGUUACACAGCAAUUGAUAGACAGAUUAGAAACUAUAAAGGUAGCAUUUCAAAUAAAGUAUUUAACAAGAACGAUGCGGUCUUCAUUAGAGACUAUUCCAAACCAAAUAAAAAGGGUUGGAAAACAUGUAUCAUAGAUGAAAUUGUGGGCAACAAUAUCUACAUUUGUAAAGAACAAUUAACAAAUAGGUAUUUCAAGCGUCAUGCAGAUCAGAUAGUCAAAGCAGGUACAUUUUAUAAAAAUGCAGAAGAUUUAAUAAGUGAACCAGAACAGACAGUAGAAUGUAACAGUCCUACUCAAGUUGUUGAGACAGAUGUACCCAAAGAAAUAAAUAGUUCUGAUAAACCUAAACUGAAUGAUAACUCAUUAGCAGAGGAGGAUGAUGUAGUGUUGGCAACACCUAUUGGUGUAACCAUGAUACACAUUCAAUUUUCUAUGAGAUAA